GAUGCGAAGGGAUAGGCGGCUUGACAUGGAGCAGAGAAGAGAAAAACAUUAUUCCUCAAAGGGGCAGAAAAGGUCAAUGGCCUUGGAGCAAAUGCAGCCUCUUUCUGUCAACCAAAGAAAGGAAAAUCUAACUCCAAGGAGAAGGGGCUACUUCUGGUCUGUGGGAUUGGCAAAGAGGAAAAUGAAUGACAGGACCCGAUGUCGUGGGGAAGGGAAGGGGGCGCGGGCUGGCUCCUGCCGCACUGCUGGUGGGAGUGGAAAUCGAGGUCCUGAGCUCACUGGUGACGUGGCCCUCACGUGAGCAGAGCCAAGGAGUGCAGACGUCCUUCUAAUCCUGGGCUACAUUUGGUUCGGUUGCCAACCCCCUAUAGCCUUGAGGGUUCGCGGGCCUGUGUUCCUGGGGAAGGAGGAGGAGGUAUCUGCCCCAUCUCAGCAGGUAUUGGGACCCUCUCGAGUGCUGUUCUGUCCGCGGAGUCCUCCGUCUCUGCCUUGUCGCCUGUCGGUGUCUGUGACUCUUGCGCCUGAAGACCAAUCUGCAGGGUGACGCCGAAGCCUGCUGAAGCCUACCGAAGAAGAAGAAAAUUGUCCAGAACCAAGUAGGUUUCGUGGAGGCGGAAACCGAGGGAGGGAAGAAGGAAAUUGCUCCGGAGCAGUGGAAGUUGGUAUAAUGGUGACAGGGAUUGUCCUGGUACCCCUGAGAUAGUGGAGGUUUUCAGGAGGCAGUGCACCUGCACCUUGAGGCAAGAAAGAGGAGAAAAAAGAAACUGCCUGCCUAGAUCAGUAUUCCACUUUCUCUGCAGCUGCAAAAGAACCUGCCAGCAGUAGCUGAAGCCUCCAGCUCCUGACUCUUCUGGGCCAGAGGGAGUCCACUCCGCCUGCCCCUGGGAUUCAGAAAUUCUCCCCAACUGUACCAUGGGCCGCACUCGGGACGCUGGCUGCGUGGCCGCCGGGGUGAUGAUCGGGGCUGGUGCCUGCUACUGUGUAUACAGACUGACCUGGGGAAGAGAUGAGAAUGAGAAAAUCUGGGACGACGAGGAGUCUAGUGAUGGGGCAGAGACUGGGGUCCAGACUGAGAAAAGAGCUCAGGCUAACCCUGAGGUGGUGGCUUCAGCCAGAGCUGAGGCUGACUUAGUGGCCAAAGCUGAGGUGUGCUUGGAGGUCAAGAGUGGUCCAGACGUAAAGGUGGAGGCCCAUUCGGGGGCCCAGAGUGGGGGUGGCUUAGAGGCCAAGGCCAAGGCUCUUUUCAGCAUCCUGAAAGAACAGGCAAGCGCAAAGAUGGGCAGAGGAGGCAGGGUGGGUCUCGGCUCUGGGACCAGGACACUUGCACCAAGUUUACCCUGCCCAGGAGGUAGGGGUGGAGGCUGCCACCGCAAGAGGGCAAGGGCUGGGGGCAAAGCAAGUGGAAAACCCAAGGGAAAGCCCAAAAGCAAGAGCACUAAGCCUCCAGCUGCAGCAUGGCCUGCCCGCAGGGUUAAGUUCAACUUUCCCUAUAAAAUUGAUGAUAUUCUGGGUGCUACAGACCUUCAAAAAGUCCUUAACAUCCUAGAGAGAUCAAAUGAUCCUUUCAUUCAAGAAGUAGCUUUGGUCACUCUGGGUAACAAUGCAGCAUAUACAUUUAAUCAAAAUGCCAUUCGUGAAUUGGGUGGUGUCCCAAUUAUUGCAAAAAUGAUAAAAACAAAAGAUCCCAUUAUUAGGGAAAAGGCUUACAAUGCCCUUAAUAAUUUGAGUGUGAUUGCUGAAAAUCAGGGCAAGAUUAAGACGUAUAUCAGUCAAGUGUGUGAUGACACUGUGAUCUGUCGUUUGGAUUCAGCUGUGCAGAUGGCUGGGUUAAGACUGUUAACCAACAUGACGGUGACUAAUCAUUACCAGCAUUUGCUUUCCUAUUCUUUUCCAGAUUUUUUUGCUUUGCUAUUCCUGGGAAAUCACUUCACCAAGAUACAGAUUAUGAAACUAAUUAUAAACUUUACUGAAAAUCCAGCCAUGACACGAGAGUUGCUCAGUAGUAAAGUACCAUCAGAAUUGAUUUCCCUCUUUAAUAAAGAACGAGACAGAGAGAUUCUCCUUAAUAUCCUUACCAUAUUUGAGAAUAUAAAUGACAACAUAAAAAGUGAAGGGUUUGCAUCAUCCAGGAAAGAAUUCAGCAGAAGUUCACUUUUUUUCUUAUUCAAAGAAUCUGGCGUGUGUGUUAAGAAAAUCAAAGCAUUAGCAAAUCACAGUGAUCUGGUGGUGAAAGUCAAAGUCCUAAAAGUACUGACCAAACUGUAAUUGGGGGUUUGUCCCAACGAGUAGUGAGGUAAUUUUUUACUUUGCAGUUGGGAACAAUGUAUUUUGUAAGUUCUUUGUUUUUCACUGUGCUCAUAGGGCAAAGGGAUCUUUUCAGCUGCCAUUCUGGAGUAAUGAAUAGCACAGAUCACCAACAGUGAUGCUGGUUGUGAAGGCUGGGUUUACGCUGAACCAUUUUAAAGAUCCCAAAUGAAUAUUAGGGCUUGUACAAAGAAAGCAUUUAUUGAUUCAAUAUUGCUACCUAGACCGAGAUAUUUUUAUUCUUUACCUAAACUAACAGCGAAGUAAUUAUAUAUCAUGAAUAAGCUACACUUUUGUAUUGGUUUACAUUUGUUAAUCUAAACCUUGUGUUUCUUCAAUAAAGUUGUGUGUUUUAA